UCUGAUGUCUUUUCACUUUGGAUGUUGAUUACACAAACGUCUUAUGUGUUAUGUUUUUAGUUUGGUAGUCGGUGAACAGAAAGCCGUUAAUCCAACAUAUGAUGUGACAUCUUCUUUGAGUCCAACGUCUGCCAUAGUUGGUGACCCAGUCGUUUGGACCAUCAGUUUUCCGGUGGACUAUAUCCUGGAAGUAACUAGCUGUAAAGGUUAUCCUGGAACCGAUGCUCAGUCUUCUUCUUCAGUCAGUUUGAUUAGCGGUGGAGGGUGCAAUGCUACCAGUGAACUGAUCACUCAUUUUUCAGACAGCUUGAACGGUACAGUCACUGCGAAACUUUCAGCAUUCAAGUUUUACAACUAUGACAACGUGUUCUUGACAUGUGACUUGAAAGUUUGUCCAUCUUCGUCAGCUAAUUGUGAUACGACAUGCAGCAGAGCAAAAAGGAGUGCCAAACAGAUUGGAACAAAUAAUGACAAUGACGCUGAAGAGACACGUAUGGCCACCGUGCACAAUGUGCUAAAGAUUAUUGACCCACACUCAGACGCAUGUAUUCCAGCAUAUGCUUCAAAAUGUGUGAAAGAAAAUCAACUAGAUGUGUGUCUAUAG